AUGUCACACUUGGAAGCUAUAGACUCUGAUGUUUUGACAUAUGCCGCUAGCAGUGUCGCCGCUUUAGAGGAGGCCCGAUUUCCACCACGGAGUCAGGCAACAUGGGCACUACUAAAAGAAUGGAAUCUCUGCUCACGAUGUCGCAGGCUACUAUUCAAGCUAGAACCCAGUGGUUAUAUCGAAGAAUUCCCUGACGACAUCCGAGAACGCAGAGAUAAAGGUUGCAGCUUUUGUGGUGUGCUGUGUGAGGCUGCAGUUUGGGCAGGGAUCUGGUCCGAUGUCCAAUCUGAAAACGAAAAUGAAGAAACUGUCGAGUUUGAACUUGUAAGCCGAUCCUCCGUCGAGAUGAUCUCGAUGGCCGACGUCAAGCCCGAACUCGGCUGUGUGAUAUCAAUCGAGGAUGAACCUAUUAUGCAGCCUAUUGAUGCAACCACUCAGUUCAAUCUACCAGGAGAAGGUGUCUCCUUUAUCAGAAACCAGCUCAACAACUGCCUCUCCAAUCCAGCACAUAAUUGCGAGCCCCUGACAUUAGAUGACAAAACACAAUGGCCCGCCCGAGUCUCACAGAUCCGCAAUCAAUCUGUAAUUCUCCUCGACUUCAACACUAAUGUCAUGCCGGGGCAAUUUGCCGCCCUCAGCUACUGCUGGGGCACAGCGGCUGAGUUGCAGUCGAAGCCACCAUACAAGGCAACGAUGUCCACCAUGCAGGUCCUUCGCUCCGGGAUAAAUAUCUCAGACCUACCUAUUACUAUUCAGCAAGCCUUGUGGGUGUGCAAAGAGCUGCAGAUUGAAUACAUGUGGAUUGAUUCGCUCUGCAUCAUUCAAGACUCAUUGCAGGACUGGGAAGUUGAGGCCAAGAAAAUGGCCACUGUGUACUCCAUGUCCAAAGUAACCAUCAUCGCCGCCUCAUCGACUUCUUGUCACAGCGGCUUCUUAGAUGUCGAACGGCGUCAUGGCCAGCUUCGAGCAUCGCUUGAGUGGUCUUUUCAACUAACUGUGGGCCCCGUUUGCACGUCUGGAUUCCAUAAGGACAAAUCGGUGGGCCACCCUCAUGACUCCCUCGAUACCCGUGGGUGGACAUUUCAAGAGGAAGUGCUCUCAUCUAGAUACAUCAAAUUUACAAAGGAUGAUAUCCAGUGGAAGUGCAAUGCGGGAAGCGCGUGCACAUGUGGUCGGCAGCCUAGCCAGGCCUACCGUGGUCUUUGGCAGGUUUCGAAUCCUACAAGUCUUGACGAACGAUCCUGGGAGAGCUUAGUCGAGGAGUUUUCCCACCGGCUCUUCACCAAAGACACAGACAAACUGGUUUCACUGUCCAGUUUGGCAAGGAAAAUGACCCCCAGGUUCCCCACAGUCGACGGAAAGACGCCAUAUGUUGCUGGACUUUGGCGGCGCACUCUCGUGCAACAGUUGAAUUGGUAUGCAGCUAGUGAACUGGGUCGGUACUCUGAGCGCUAUAUCGCCCCAAGUUUCUCCUGGGCCUCACUUAGCUUCUAUAGAAGGGGUGUGGAGUUUCCGCUACCUCUAAAGCACAUUCUUUGCGAGGCCGUAGAUGCAACAACGACACUUGUGUACCAGGAAAAUCAGUUUGGAGCUAUCUCUCGAGGAACCAUAACCCUUUGUGGCCCGCACAUACACUACACUAUUCGCUUUCAGGAGAAAAAACCCGAAAUGUUUACUUGGGAGGAGGUGAAACCAGCACUCGAGGUUGAACACAUAAUACUAGACUGUCCGCUACGCGAACGCCUCGUCAAUGAUAGCCGCGUGACGCUGCAGAGGUCAACGGGCAUGACGCAGCAAGAAGAUGGAGAGUUCUCUGUCAGCGUUCUUAUCUUGGCAAAAUCUGGGCAGCGGCCAUGCGGAACCUUGUACUGCUUGAUUCUCGGAUACGGGGAAAAUGGGGAGUACCAGCGGCUUGGCCGGGUUCUAUUGAGAUACGCGGAUAACAAGACCAAGUUUUCGGCCGAGCAUUUCAAGCCUUUGAGAAAAGAAAUUGUUCUAGUUUAA